ACCAACUCAAUAAACUUGCCUUUUAGGUAAACCCCAAGUUCGCUUGGAUAGAUUAAUGAAUCAAUAAGAUAAAUUAUUAAUUUUCUAGCCAGCCUGAAUUCGAUCAUAAUAACCUACUUACCCACCUAGGUACCUAAGGUAUUAAGACAGUUCCUUGUCUUUCCCAGCUUCCGUGGCUAACACACCAAACUUGACACCUUCAAACGUGCAACCAUGACGGCCGCGAACGAAUGGCGAGAGUCGAAGCUAAGGCACGUUGUCCUUCAGCCGAAAGCUACUGCGAAACUUCCCUAUUCUAUUGAGUCGCCCGGAGCCGAAGCUGUCGCGGGUGAGACGAAACCCCGUAGACAUCCCUUGACCAAGGACGGACUCAUCACCAAGCCUUCCGAUGACAUUAGCACCGCCUAUGAGCUCCUACGAGUGAGCGUUGCCAAGUACGGCAAUGCAAAGGCCAUGGGAUCCCGGCGCCUCGUACGCACUCAUCAGGAAAACAAGAAGGUCAAGAAGAUAGUAGAUGGACAGGAGCAAGAGGUUAACAAGGCCUGGACAUUCUUCGAACUUGGCCCCUACGAAUACCUCACAUAUAACGACUUUGAGAAGUUGGUUUUAAACCUCGGUUCCGGUCUGAGGAAGCUUGGCAUGAAUAAAGAGGACAGAGUCCACAUCUUCGCUGCCACAAGCGCCAACUGGUUGGCUAUGUCGCAUGCUGCAUCCUCCCAAUCUAUGCCCAUCGUAACCGCCUACGACACACUCGGCGAGGAAGGAUUAAGGCAUUCGAUGGUUGCAACUGGUGCUAAGGCAAUCUUCCUAGACCCUCAUCUGAUACCUACGCUUGGCAACGUUCUCAAAGACGCUACCGAAGUCCGCUACGUCAUCUGGAACAACCAGCACCAAGUUAGACAAGAACAUAUAAACAACCUGAAGAGCGCAUAUCCUCACCUCAAGGUCGUAAGCUUCAAGGAGCUGGAAAAGCUCGGCCGAGAUGAGCCCUUUGAUCCCGUCCCUCCCAACCCUGAGGAUCUCUGCUGUAUUAUGUACACCUCGGGAUCUACCGGAACCCCUAAGGGGGUCCCCCUAAAGCACAGGAACCUCGUUGCUGCUGUUGCCGGUGUCAGCGUUGUAGUCCAACCCUUUAUUGGCCCCGGGGAUGGCCUCUUAACCUAUCUUCCAUUAGCCCAUAUUCUCGAGCUUGUUUUUGAAAACGCUUCUCUAUACUGGGGAUGCACUAUGGGUUACGGAAACCCAAAAACACUGUCGGAUACCUCGGUUCGCAACUGUUAUGGCGACAUUCGCGAGUUCAAACCCUCCGUCCUGGUCGGUGUGCCGGCGGUAUGGGAGUCGGUCAAGAAGGGAAUAACCUCCAAAGUUCACGAAGGUGGUCCAGUCGUCCAGAACAUGUUCUGGGGCGCGCUGGCAUUAAAGUCUAGACUAUUAUCUACUGGUCUACCUGGAACCGGUCUGCUUGACUCUAUCGUCUUCAAGAAAAUCAAGGAAGCGACUGGUGGCCGACUUAAGCUCUGCCUCAACGGUGGCGGCCCUGUCGCAAAAGAGACCCAACGGUUCAUUUCUUUGGCCAUUGCACCGAUGAUCAUCGGUUACGGCCUUACGGAAACUAAUGCUAUGGGUACUCUCAUGAGCCCUCUUGAGUGGACAACCGAGACGCUUGGUUCAAUGCCCUCAUGUAUUGAAGUCAAGCUCGUCGACUUCCCGGAUGCGGGUUACUACGCGACAAACAAACCAAACCCUCAAGGCGAGAUUUGGAUCCGAGGCGCCAGUGUAGCAGAAGAGUAUUACCAGAAUGAGAAGGAGACCAAGGACAACAUGGCCCCUGGUGGCUGGUUCAAGACCGGAGACAUCGGUGAAUGGGAUUCCAACGGCCACCUGAAGAUUAUCGACCGCAAGAAGAACUUGGUCAAGACCUUGAACGGCGAAUACAUUGCGUUAGAGAAGCUAGAGUCUAUUUACCGCUCAGCUCACAUUGUAGCCAAUAUCUGCGUAUAUGCGGAUCAGUCGAAGGCUAAGCCCAUUGCGAUCAUUGUACCGGCAGAACCAGCGCUAAAGAAGCUGGCCGCUGAGAAUGGAAUCCAGGGGUCCAGCCUGGAAGAGCUUGUUCACGAUAAGAAGGUAAACAGCAUUAUACUGAAGGAGCUUCAAAAUACCGGGCGAGCUGGUGGCCUGUCCGGCAUCGAAAUCAUUGAAGGAGUGGCAUUAUCAGACGAAGAAUGGACACCGCAUAACGGGCUCGUAACUGCAGCUCAGAAACUUAACCGUAAGGGUAUUCUAGCUAAGUACGAGAAAGAGGUGCAGGCGGCGUACGGCUCCUCGAGCUAGGUGUCAGGAGACGAUUUCAAGCCUUUUUGGGUAGAUUGGCUAGACUGGUUGUGGUCGCAGUUGUGGUGUUCUAGGUAGUCGAUAACCGGAAGUUACCUAGG